AUGGUUCAGUCACGGGCUUAUCUAGGAGCCUUGCUGGCCGCCCUACCUUCGGUGCGAGCCGGUUUCAACGCUAGCUCCACGCAAAACAUUGCCGUGUACUGGGGUCAAAAUUCCGCAAACCAAGAAACUUCUCAGCAGCGCUUGUCUACCUACUGUGCCAACGCUGAAAUAGAUAUCAUCCCCAUUGGGUUUAUGAAUGGCAUCAGCCCGGUCAUUACCAACUUCGCCAAUGCGGGCAACAACUGUACAGCCUUCCCUGACAAUGCCAAUGCACUUAAUUGCCCUCAAAUCGAGGAGGACAUCAUCACAUGCCAGAAAACAUAUGGAAAGACCAUCCUGAUUUCACUGGGAGGUGGAUCUUAUACACAAGGAGGCUUUUCGUCCACUAGCGCUGCCACAUCCGCGGCUCAGGCGGUUUGGAACAUGUUUGGACCUGUUAAUCCCAACAGCAAUGUAGACCGGCCUUUUGGUUCAGCAGUGGUGGAUGGCGUCGACUUCGAUUUUGAGUCUGGCGUCAAUAAUCUGGCCACUUUUGCCACUGAGUUGCGGAGUUUGAUGGACGCUUCUGCAGCUUCCGCAGGCAGGAAGUUCUACCUGUCUGCUGCACCACAAUGCGUCUAUCCCGAUUACGCCGACAACCCUGCUCUAAACGGUUCUGUUGCCUUCGACUUCAUCAUGAUCCAGUAUUAUAACAACGGAUGCGGUGUCAGCAGCUAUGUCCCUGGAGCAACGACCCAAUGGAACUACAACUUUGAUGUCUGGGACAACUGGGCACACACCGUCAGCAAGAACCCCAACGUGAGGAUUCUGCUCGGUAUCGCCGCCAACACUGGUGCUGCCAGUGGAUACGUCUCCGGAACCCAGCUUUCCGCCGUGAUCUCAUUUACCAAGCAAUACUCAAGCUUCGCGGGUAUCAUGAUGUGGGACAUGUCCCAGUUAUACCUGAAUUCCGGUUUCCUGGACCAGGUUGUCAGUGAUCUUGCUGCCUCUGGUUCAACCCCCCCGCCUACCAGUUCUAGUGGCGGUUCCAAGCCUACCUCUACCAGUGGUGGUUCUACCGGCCCAACUGGCGGCGGCUCUGUGCCUCAAUGGGGUCAUGUUUGGUGGUCAUCUUGCCAGUAA